AAUAAACAACAUCGCGAAAUUUUUGAAUAUUUUGAAGCGUUUCAUAACAGAAAAACUUUGAAAGUUAAAAAAAUACUAUUUUUGCAAUAUUAAAUGGUCAUUUGAUUGUAUGGAACAUACACGAGAUAUUUUUAAAAACGCGAAAAUGUGCUUGUCUACAUUUUAGCGUUGUUACGCUUAAAUGAUUCGGUUGAUCGGUAGAACACAGAGCAUCAAUUUUGCAAAGUGCUAUGCUAAUCGGUUGUUGGACCUCUUAUCCUGGUUGUGAUGGAAGAUGUAGGUGCUACAGUCUUUUACGAUGACGAGGAUGAUUGCUUGGAUUAUGAUUGUAUGCACAAUGUUGAAUACGACUACGAUUAUGUGGAUACGGAAAAGGAAAAUCUCUCUGAACUAUAUCAAUAUUGUCUCAGUCCUACUCUGUAUGACACAGGACGUUAUAUGUUACCUUUGUUGGGUAGCACAAUAUUAUUUAGACUGUUUGUUCAUAUUCCGUACAAAUCUCAUAGGAUAUUUCACACAUUAUCAGUAAUCAUAGGCUUGUAUAUUAUUCAGCAUUAUAUGCAAGAAUGCUUAAUUGUAUUGAUCAUAUUUGUUCUAUUUUCUUAUGGUAUUUUACACAUCCCGAAAAAAUGGCAUGGUGGUGCAGGAAUCUUCUUACCAUCCCUUUUAGUAAUUGCAUAUUGUGAAUUUUCAAUGCAGUCAAUAAUAUGGCAUAAGGUACGUAGUGUAAUUAUGACAAUGGCAAUGAAAGUAAUUAGUAUUGCCAUAGAUUCAAGUAAUUCAACCAACUUGCCAGAUAUUUAUAGUUACACGAGUUACAUGUUCUGUGGUGUAACUUGCCUAUUUGGACCAUGGAUAUCAUUCAAAGAUUAUAUUUCAUUAUAUACUUCUAACAGUCAGACAAAAUGGUGGAUAAUCUAUGGUAUAGGAUAUGUCUUCCUUGCAUUUGUCUUCCUGAGCAUUUCAAACUGUUGGACACAGUGGAUAUUCGUAAAUAACUCCUGGAAAUGGUUGAUAGCAUACAGAGAUGCAUUGUCUUUUAGAUCAUCCCAUUAUUUCGUUUCGUACGUAGCUUCAGCAUUGUUGAUUCUUGCCGGAUUUCCUCUUUCAUUGUCAACGACAGUUAGACCAUUGUACAUCGAAUUGCCACGUUCUCUUGUCCAAGUUGUCAUUCAUUGGAACAUUCCAAUGCAUUACUGGUUGAAGACAUAUAUCUUCCGUCCCAGCAUUAAACGAUUGGGAAAAUUCGGAGCAGUGACCGUCACAUAUUUGAUAAGCGCUCUUCUACAUGGAUUAAACUUUCAACUAGCAGCAGUGUUACUUAGUCUAGGUUUCUACACAUAUGUGGAGUUUCAACUCAGGGCCAUGCUAGCAGACACUUUCGAUGCCUGUGUCGCGUCCAAACAAUGCACUUCGCAUAAAUGCACGCACAAGUAUACCUCUUAUAAUUCUCUGUGUGUAUUUAUCACAAACAUGGCAUUCUCGACUUUGUCAAUGUUUCAUUUAGCUUAUUUGGGUCUCAUGUUUGAUACAUCUGAUCUACAAGAAACAGGGUAUAGUUACAGUCAUACUAUUGAUAAAUGGGCUCAGCUCGGUUUUGCUAGUCACUGGGUAGCGUUGACUACAUAUUGCAUAUAUUUUCUUAUCAAAUAGACAUUUAUUUUGUACAUAAACUGUUUUACCAAUUUAUAUUAGGGAUUUUAUGUACUUAAUUAUUUUUUAUAGAAAAUAAAACAAUAAGUAAAACAGAUAUAUGUCAUUUUAUAGGCACAUGUCUCUAUUUUUGAAGGGUUACAGAUAAAGAUAAUUUUUACCUUACUCCAAAAAUGUAAGUAAAAUACGUAUUCUUUAUUGAGUGUAUAACGCAAUAUAAAGUUCACCGGGUGUUUAUAUAUAUAAAAGCACAUUUAUAAUAAUUUGUAAUUAUAAAAAAAGUUUAUAAAGUGUAAGUAUACAAUGUUAAAUAAUACUCUCAAUAUUCUAUAUUCUAAUCUAAUAUUACAUUAAACGUCGUAUUUUCAUAACGAAUAGAAACAUUUUUGCUAAGACAUUUUUUCCUUUUAAUAGUGUUAUACUUGUAAUGUUACAUUUGUAAUAUCACUGUGUGAAACCAUAGCCAUUAUAUAAGUCAACAAUUGUGAUGCAAUUGUACAUGCAAAAUUGUCUUUUUUACAAAAAUAUAGAAAGG